CUUCUUCUCCUUCUCUUUCUUUUUUUACUCUGCUUCUUCUCUCUCUCAUCUCUCAUCUCUCAUCUCUCUUUGCUUCUUCUUGUGGGACAAACCCUAAAAUUCUUUUACAUCGAUCUCUUCUCUCCAGUUUUUUCCCGCUCAAUCAUCUGAUCCUUCCCUCCCUCUCUCUCUCUCUCUCUAUCACUUAGCAAUGCAUGAUCUUCGAUUUCGUAUCAGGGUUAUGAGCUGAAAAGUCGAGGUGGGUCUGCUGAUCUGAGUUUCUAUAUAGGAUUAAGAUAGAGAAGAAGAAGAAUGCUGGAAGCUGUAGAUAGCUCAGGGGUCGUCAAUGGAGGAUUCCCGCAGAUUCAGAGCUUUUACGGCGAUUGCAGUAGCGAAGAGGAGUUAUCAGUACUGCCACGUCAUACGAAAGUGGUGGUCACCGGAAACAACCGUACGAAAUCGGUGCUUGUUGGUCUUCAAGGUGUUGUCAAAAAAGCUGUCGGUCUCGGUGGUUGGCAUUGGCUGGUUCUGACAAAUGGAAUAGAAGUGAAGUUGCAGAGGAAUGCGCUUAGUGUCCUUGAACCUCCAACUGGAAACGAAGAAGACGAUGACCUUGAUUUCGAAAGCACUCAAAGGAACGGCUCCGAUAUGAUUGUUUCUUUUCCAGCAUCUGAAGACACACUGAAGCCUCAUAAGUCUAAGCAAAGAGGGCAGAGAUCGCGGUCAUCUCACAAGGCAAUGAGCAGGUCUCUAUCAUCUGACUCACAAUCAAAAAGUUCGGGUUUUACUCCUCCUGAAAACAUGAAGGUCGAUCUUAGCAAACUGGAAAUGCCUGCUUUACUGAAAUAUUGGCAACAUUUUAACCUUGUGGAUGCAAUUCCUAAUCCAUCAAAAGAGCAACUAAUUGACAUUGUUCAGAGGCACUUCAUGUCUCAGCAAAUGGAUGAGCUUCAGGUUAUUGUUGGGUUUGUCCAAGCUGCAAAGAGAAUGAAGAAGGCUUGCAAGUUGCAAUCAAAAGAAACCAGAAACACUGAUCUUAACUGCAUCAGCUAAGAAGAGCCCUGACUUUUUUUUAACAAAUCUUGUAUGUAUGGUACAUCGACUUGUUUAACCAUUUGUGGCUUGGUAAGUUUUAGUUCUUCUAGAGAUGUUUGGCUAAAGGGUAGAUGUUGUUUCUUGUUGCUUCUGUUGUUUAGCCAUGUAAGUACCAUCAAGAAACCAAAAAAUGACUCUCUAAAGCUCCCAAUUGGUAACUAUCUAUUCUGAUACGAUCAUGAAAGAUUGGUAUGUUAGAAUGUAAAUAGACUUCUCUCACUUUA